CCUCCUAACCUCUUCUCGUAACAGAUCCUGCUAUCACCCUGUCAGACAUGUCCGACAAUCACCAGAUUCACCACUAAUUCACCCUCGGUCUCCUCGUACCACUCCUGCAGUUGGGUAGCACUCCAAUCAACACCUGCUCGGGUAGCGCUCAUUCGUCCUUCCUGGCCUGUAGUCGCUCGAGCCUCGCGCUGCUGUCCCUGGGAAGCCAGCACCUAAUCGUCUCGACAAUAAUAAUAAUAAUGGGUCGCCAAUCCGUCCGAUCUCCUUUCUUGAUCACUGCGCGAUCCUCCAGUAUCAUGGCUGAAACCACAUACAAGCAAAAGCCAUCGCCAACGCUGAGCAGCCAGGAAUUCCCCCUCUCUGAUAGAAGUCGGAAGGCCCACAGGAUAUUGGGAGACUACAAUUCGAGCCCGCAGUUACCAAAGCGCGAGGAAAACAUCAACAACACACUCGAUUCCAGAGGGUUUGAUCGCUAUUCCCACGCAGCAGCAGCCCGAGAGCCAAAUCCAACCCCCUCCCACCACGAACUUCGUGUGCGCGCAUCUUCGCCACUGCUCGGUCGAAAUUACCACUCCAGCCAGCGUUCGACUGUAUCUUCCCACCACUCACCAGAGCUGCCCCAAGUACGAAAGUCGGGCUCAUGGUCAGAUCUUCGACCCAGCCCACAUACCGACUCGUACUCGUUUGAUACCCAGUCGCAACGAAGUCUGGCCUUUGGUGUCGUGGAAGAUAUGAGAGGCAUUCUCUUCGCCAACAAGGGACCCAUCCCGAAAGACGUCACUCCAACAAAGCCAGAGUCUGCCAAGGACAAAAAGAAGAAAAUGCGCCCUAGCCGAAUUGACCUCUCUCUUCUUUUCCCCAAACCCAAGCCGGCAUCUGCUCCACUUCUAUCUCCUCAGCGAUACACAAAUUCCCCGUCCCCGGUUCAUUCGGAGUUUUCUGCCACGAAACGGACGAGCUCCACCAAACUCACCAAGCCUCGUUCUAGAAGCAAUAGCAGGAAAGAGGUGCAAAAGGAUGUCAUCCCGGAGGAGCCGCUUCCAAUACCUAGCCGACCGCGUAAAACGCAAGUACUCGAUUGGUUUGACAUUCCUGUCGAAAAGUCAAUCCGUGUGGGUGGCGUGAAUAUCGAAGACGAUACUGAGGUUGAUGACGAGGACUUCUCUCCCAGCAUGGUCUCGGAUCCACCACCACAAAUUCAUCUGCCGAAACAGCACAAGGAAGCCAACCUUGCACUGCCAACCUCUGCCAAGGCCGCCUCGAGAAGAUCAUCUUUAACAUCUCGCGCAUCCCGCCGCACAUCGUAUACCAUUGAUUCGCAUCUCAGCCCUCAGCCGACGACCCCUUUCUCCGAGCGCCUUAGCACCUCCCUUCAAGCGUGGCAAUCUGAAGGAGAUCUACGUUUGAGGAAUCCUAAGCCUGCUUUAUCUAAAAAGAGCAGCCACAGCACUCUUAUGAUUAGUGAUCUCACAAAAACUAGUGUGCUGUCGCUGUCGUCAUCGGAAGAUGAAGACGACGGCGAGGACCGCAGAGAAGAGGAUGAGAAUUACGGCGAGCUACUCGUGAAACGAGCUACUCCCCAGCGGGCAUUUCGCGAAAGUGUGUCGACCUUUGAGGACUUUGAGCCCGAGAUUUGCACGGCUGAGGCUGUCGUUGCUACGAGAGGUCAUGCCUUGACGCAGCUCAACAGAGCCCACUCAAAGAUGUCCACCAGCAGCUCUGACUCCCACAGAACGGCUCGGCGCCAAUCACACGGCCAUCAAUCGUAUUCUUCAAACCCCAGAUCUUCUGUCACGGCAAAGAGGCAGGACUCGCGCGCUUCUCGUAGAGUGUCACUGAUUGAAGAGCGAGAAGAACUGACCGACACGCAUAAUGGCAAUUCUCAGCUACGUCCCGUGCCCGCUUACAGCAACAUGCACUCUGCCAAGAGGCGCAGUCGCAUCAUUGCGGUCACACGGCAGGAGGAGUCGAUUCUGGAAGCUAUGAGACUGCGCAAUGGUCGCUUCACUCCCAGUAUGUAUGGCGAAAUAUCGACAACCCCAAAUCCCGACUCCGAAUCAGAGUCGACAACCAGUCGAUCCAUGCCGCCCGCUCCCCGCAUUCAAGAACCCGCUCAUACGCCAGACUAUGGUACCUCAUUUCUUCGACUGAGUACCGUAAUGUCCCCGUCUCAGGGCACGGCGUUGUCUAUGGCAGGUGAAGGUGCCACAUCCAAAGACAAAGAAGCGUUUAUGUCGCUGAGCUCCGCGUCUGAUAACGAACAGAAAACCGAAACUAAUUCCACUGCCUCUCCGCGACUGAGUCUGGCUUACUCCGAAACCCAUUCUUCUUCCUCGACCACCGGCUACACCUCCCCAAUGACACCGACUCUACCCAUCCACCGUUUCUCUCCCCGAGCGCCUCCACCAUCCCACGCACCACCCCCGAUCCCUCCGGAGGCGGCAAAACGACAUUCGCGUCGCAGAACCGAUAGCAGCGAGGCGAUCCGUCUUGACGAUGAAGUCGCGAAUGACAAGGAACCCGAGGUUGAAUAUCCCUUGUGGGCUAUCAAAUGGGCUCGCGAUUCGGUCGACUUGGCUGUUGUGACCUAAUCACACCCUUGACCUUCUCAUAACCUUUCAUUCUCUUUCCGGAUUUUGGGCUUCAUUUUGGACACGUUCAUUUGCGAAUCAUUCCUUUUAUUCUUUUUUGGCUCUCAUUAGUGCAUACUGCAAGCAUAGGCUGGGAGUGUUUUGGACCAUCAAAAUGUGUGCAUAGAACUGUAUAAUAACUAAUAAUUACCUUUUGAUAACAACAUUCCAGGGUCCAGCAUGACGUCGUGUAGGCAUAACUGGC